GUCUAUCUGUCGGUCAACUCAGUCAAAGCGUCAUAUAUGAACCUAGGGAAGGGUGUUGAUGGGCUCACGUACGCACUGGCCGGCCAACCGCAUCAUCCCACACCUUGCGUGAAAUAUCAAGGCGUACUCUCACGCUGCUAUUUGAAAUCCGUAGACAACACGAACAAUGUAUGUGGAAACGGACUGCGCAUGCUUUAUGCGCUCAAUCGCUGAUCCUGCGUUUGGUCUGAAGUGAUUGUCACGCACCUCUUCUCUUCCGGCACAAGACCGGUGUUCGUGUAUGGAUCAUCCGUCUAUCCUCUAAUCAUACGUGUAUAGG